AUGGCCUCUUCAAACUGCAUUUGGAUUGUUUCAUUUCUCAUCACAGCGAUGACAAGUAACUUUGGAGUAUUUGGUCGCGCGGUGGACACGCUGGAAUUUCUGUCACAGCUGUCCAAAACUGCACACGAAUCCCCCGAGCCAGCUUUACGCACGGCCGCGUCUCGGAGGAGGAUCGCGGAGGCGCACCGGGAGCGAUGCGCAGAGCUGGCGGCACCUUGGCUGGAAAAUAUGCAACAAGCUCCCGGUGAUAAUGGAACACUGUUGCAGCUCCGUGUUCGGCCGUUUUCACCUGGAUCCUCACGGGGUUUGGUUUUUCCAGGAAAAUCUCUUUUCAGCUUUGUGCGGCGGGUUUAUCGCUGCUGUCAGGAAGGAGUGAACUGCAGGAGCGUUAAAGGGAUUCAAGGUCUACUGAGAGCAGAUACAGAUGUGGAGUUUAUCCUCACCAGAGAGAUUUUAUCACUGAUAGUUAGAAGAGCUGAGCUUCACCUUCACCUCUUCAACCCACAACAUCUGGACAUCCGCCCCGUGCUUCCAUCCAUGGCAAAGCACAGCCUUCCUACAAGGUUCAGUCUGGGGUCGCGGGGUGACGUGGUGGAGCUCAGAGUGGAUCUGCUGUUCCUUUUCCAGAGUCUGCAGGAGGUGGCGGGUGGUGCUGAACGCAGUGCCAGCUUGGUAAACAUGCGACGUGUGGGAUUUUUCUCCAACAGAGAUCUACCAGCUGAAAAGCCCUCUUUAGCGGCUCUGAAGCACGCUGACGGUGAUGGCUGGGGGGAUGGGGUCGCCAACAUGCUGCCUGAUCUGGACCUGGGCUUGGUCCUGAGCUGCAGUCAGGCUGGAUCGGAGGUUUCCUGUGGAGCUGGCGGUGUUCACCUCUCACACACGCCUUUCAUGGCUCUCUACUACAGAUGACAUCGAAGUCAGGACUUGAUUGUGUUCUGCAUGGGAACAUUUCAUCUGUUUAAACUAAAAAGACCGACAGCUGUCUCAAAACCUAAAAGGAAAUGAUGCACUUCAAUGUAAAAUCUAUUAAUUUAUAAAUGUGUUGCAAACUUUAUAUAAUGUGUAAAUUGUAAAUAUGGCAUAAUGUAAGUUUAUUGUGUUAUUCUUUGGUUAUUAAAACUCCAGCAAUGGCUCAUGACAGAAGUGUACAGCCUCCUCAGUUCUAAGAAGUAGUUCAGUCUACUUUGUUCAGCUGUGUUCCUCUUUUAGAUACACAACACGUUUAAGGUAUGUGCUUCCAUUUAAAGAAGUUUUUACAGUUGGUGGGAAAAGGUGGAAAAAACAACACCUGAGCAAACGAUGGGCUUGUACAUGUGUUGUGAAUAUGCUGAACAUAGCUGUGACCGUUCCACGGCGGUGGAGGAAGCGCUUUGAUCCUGUACUUAAGCAGCAAUAGUACCAUGUAAAAAAUGUUCAGUUGCAAGUAAAAGCCCCACAUGGAAAGUACAAAAGGAUCACGUUCAAAUAUAUUUAAAACACCUAUUGCUGUGUUAGUGGUGCAGUUGGACUGAAUUUAUGUUACUGUAUAUACUAGUGGGCAGUUCAGUCUACAAUAAAAUAAAAUAUGUUAAUUUAUUUUUAUAAUCUGAAUUUGCAAAAAAAUUACUAUCUACAGCUUUAAAAUAAAUGUCAUGGAAUACAAAAUCUGAUAUUUGCCUUCAAAACAUAGCAAGGUUGAAGUAGAAAGUAGCAUAACAGGGAAAUAAUUUGGUAAUGUACAACUCUGUGUAGCAUCACUUAAGUUUCAAAUGAUUCAAAAUUGUACCACUUCUCAAUAAUUGGGUAGUUUUUAUGUUGACAAAGACUUUAGAAACACUGUGUUGAAAAUAUAGGCAACAAAGUUGAAACUCAGUGCAAUGAAAGGUAAUACAGCUGUGAUCACUGACAGACAGAUUAGAAAACCUGUGAUUACUGAACACACAUCCACACAUUCUAAUCAGCCUAACUGUAUAAACAUAGCUGUAAAAUGGGCUGUAAACACCUAAGCUUUCUCAAGUUUGGACCUAUGGGCUGUGACUAUCUGUACGUCUACAUCAUGGCUCCAAUGACACGAGUUUAAAAAAAUCUCGUUGUGGGACCAUAAAAAGAAUGAAAAUUAUGCAGGAAGAUUGGUGGUUCACUGUAAAUAUGGGAAAACACAGCUGCAGCAGUAAUCAGGAGGUACAAAAUGAACUAUACCACCAACUGGAGUGGCAGUGACAGUCUCCCUGAAAUGAUGCCAGGGACAGUGUGCUACUUGUUCAAUGUAACUUUAAAAACAGUGCUUCAGACUUGGCAGAGGGGUUAUCAAUAGAAAUCAAGAAGUUAUGUGACAGCUCAGACGUUACACGACAUCAACCCCUAUGGAAGAAGUCCAAGAACAAAACCCUUGCUUGCUCUUUGAGACAACAUGGCAAGAUGAAACUGCUAAAAUGCAUUAAAAGAAGCCAGAUGGACAUUGGGAGCACUGUUCCCUCUAAGCUGCGCGCGUGCGCAAUUGCGCACUGCUGACACGGUCUCCACGCACAGAAAAUCUGCUGCGCACAAAAAAAAAAAAAAUUCAACCUAAAUUGUAAAUAAAAUAAACACGUAACAGUUCAUUCUGUGCUAUUUUUCAGUGUGAGUCAGUGAGUGACCGGUGACUGGCUGCUGCAGCCAAUGAUGGAUUCACAUACGUAUUUACCAUAGACUGUAUAUAAUGGUAUUUACGCAGCUAAUCAACGUCAGGCGUCCUUAUGUGCAGCCACCAUUGUUGUCAUAGAUAUGAAUGAGUAGAUAGGACACGCCCCUUUGAGCUGCGUGCUACAGCGAGGCUAAGCUAGUGGGGGCAAAGUUUCAGUGCAUUCCGAUGGCGUGAAAACGGAAACAACAAGUAUGCCGGCUCACUGUGCUGCAUACAAUUACACACUGCGUCGUACGAUUGAGACAAGGAAACUUGAAAUGACUUUUCAUAGGUAAGAAUAGUUUUUGGCUCUUUUUUCCAUUAUGAAAUCUUGUUGAGAGCUUCCAGUCUAUGAGAGCUAACUAGUUAGCCACUAGCAAAACGCUAAGGCGAGCUAGCAGCUUGACAACCAAAUACCAGACGAUUAAUAGUAGCUGUAGUAUAGUUGUACAAGCAGUAGUAGUAAUACUAAAAGUACAAGCAGCAGUAGUAGUAUAAACAGCUGUUAGAGUCGUAGAAGUAGUAUCAGCAUUUGUAAUAGUAUUACAAGUUGUAGUAGCAGUGCCAGUAUCAGCAGCAGUAGUUAGUGUACUACCACUAGUACUAGUAGUAGUCACAUUGCUAUUACUACCACCAAUACUACCAAUAGUAGUUAUAAAGCCUACCUCAUGUAUAUCCAGAUUACCAUCUAUGUACUUCCUCCAAACACAUUUUAUGAUUGGGAUUACAGGGAGUUCUUUAGGACUGCUCUCAAAUAAUAGAAAUGUUACUAAACAAGGUUAUACUUAUCAAAUUAAAUAGCUCUGAUCUCCAGUAUAUUGGCGAAUUCGGUUCUUUGUACUUAAUUUAUUAGCAUGAUUUCUUUCUAAUAUGUUGUGUACAGACUUAAUUACUUCUCUGUCUACUUUUCUUACUCCAUGUAGGUUUCCCAGAGACUAUGGGUUGAGGAGGAAUUGGAAGUUUGUCGGCUUAGACCUGGUGUCAUUCCAUCAGUGUUAAACUUCCCGGCUCAUCUUGGAAGAGUACGUGCCAGAAAGACCACGACUAAGCAGCCUUGAGAUCUUUUAAGUUUUCUCUUAGAGUUUGUGUUCUUCUAAGUUUAACUCCAAGAUUUUAAAUUCUUUCAUUUACUGCAAAUGAAUAUCUACUCCAAAUGUCUCACUAAUAAUCAUUAUCAGCCUUAAAAACCCACAAAACACCCCUCUAUACUCGACCACACUUAGUACAGUCCGGUUCCCCCUUCUAUAAAUCUGCUUGGAAUCGUCCACUUCCUGUUUGUCAAAGUGGCCUUCUACCUGGACAGGUUUUGUUGGAGCUCAUGCAGCAAACAUUUUGGGUAACUGCACUUUAAUAUGGAUGGAUGACACUGAAUUAGAGUCUGUUUUAAUGAGACUGAGUUAAGAUGUGUAGCUCUGUCAUUAAAUAGGAAAUUACUUCUCAGAAUUCACAAAGGAAAGUCUGAAAUGUUUGCUAGGUUAGCGUCCCACAUGUUCUUUGGCUCAGCUAAAGCUAACUCUCUCCAACUUCUGGAUCUCUUCAGUUGCUUGUUAAAAUAUCUUGCUAGAGGUGCUGAAGCUCAGAAAGUCUGAGAUGUUUGUUCAAAAUAAGCUCAUUCUCAAGUCUUAUCUGAACUGUGUCCUCUUUUGUUUGAACUUUCCCUAAACUUAAGAGUUAAUGACAGAACAGCACAUCCAGACUCAGUCUCAUUUAUGUAGAGAUUAAACUUCAGUGUCAUUCAUUGAUGGUAAAGUGCAGUUUUUCAAAUGUUUGUUGCACAUGCUCCCGACCAAACCAGUCCAGGUGGAAGACGAUGUGAAGAGAAAGCUCCAGAGGAUGAAUAUCACACAUUUACGUUGGAAAUAAAUGUCCUUUAAUUAGACAUUGUCAUGCAAAAGUUGGAUUUCCCUUUAAUGAUGUUCAAAUCUUUGUCGAGUGCUUUGUUGAUGUUUCUAAAUGAGGUUUCUAAAUGUUUUUUGACACUCGGCCCCAAAGAUUAAAACCUUCUACGGCUCACAAGCUGCAACAAUUCACACAUUAUCAACUAUCUUUCUGACUAAACUAAGAUAAAAAGUGAAAUACUGUCUGCUUCCUGCAGCAUGAAUGUAGAUCUUUUUGGUUUUUAUGACAGUAAACUGAAUAUAUUUGGGUUUGACAUUUUAUAAACCAAAACAAGAAAUGAAUUACUGGAGAAAACGACAGAUUAAUGGACAAAGAAAAUGUGUUUUCCAACAUAUAUGGCUGAAUUACUCCAACAUUACAAGAUACAUACAAUUUUAAUUCAAUUUUAUUUAUGUAACGCCAAUUACAGGUCAAAUUGUCUCAAGACGCUUUAUUUUUUAUAUUUUUUUGUCAUUUAAAAUGUGACAAAGUAAGAAAUUUAAAGCUCUUGACUAAUCCAAUUUAUUAUUUGGUUUUUAAGAGACUAAUGGACAAUUAAAAUAACUUUCUCCACUAAAACUAAUAAACAUGAGGUCAAAUAGAAGGAAGAGUUUUAAAUACUGCAGUCCCAUGACGACAAGAAUAAAGUUUGUCAACAAAAACUAAAUCAACUGGUGGAUUCCAUGAAAGUCCUAAUAAAUGAUAAUAAAGUGUGAUACUAAAGAUUUGUGGUGCUAAAAAUGUCAAAGUAAAGAUAUCAAGUUGAACAUCUGGAUGGAGGUUGAUAAAAGCUGACCUCCCUUCACUUCUCUGGAGCCGACUCCAUGGAUUUUAUGGAUGGUGGUUAAAGACCUGCUCUUCUAGUCGUCUUCCUUCUAGUCGCUGUAAAAAGUCACUCCAUCCUGGUCGACUUCAACAUCUCUUCAUGACAACUUGUUCUGCCUCGGACCUCGUGGAAACUCAAGAAACUCGGGAAAACCUGUCGAGACUCGAAGAACUCGUGGAGACUCGAAGAACUCGUCGGGCGGGGGAAGGU